ACAUUUAACAGUACACAUGGAAUCUCUGCACAUGGUGUCAUUGUGUAAUUGUUCGUCUUUUUCGUUAUGUUCUUCUUUUUUGUUGUUAACUAUUAAAUUUGUUGAUUUAUAUAAGUGUUAUUAACGUUAUUAGUUUAGAUAACAAAAAAUGGAAAACCCUCAAGAAAAAGAGAAUGAAACACAUCAAGGAUUUUCCAUCGAAGCUGGACCUUCAGAAGAUGCCAAAUUAGCGGAAUUAGAGGCUGAAAAGCUUAAACGUGAGGCUGAGAUGGCAGAGGAAAAGCGUCAACAUGAGGCAGAAGUGGCAGAGAGAAAGCUUCAACGACAACUCGAAGUACAAGAAAGACAUCGUAAUAAUAAAAUUUAUGAAGAAAAAAUUCAAGAACAACGCUACAAAAGUUUAAUGCAUCUUCUUGAUAAGAGUCAGUUUUAUUCUAGUUAUAUAAUGAAAAAAUUCGACACUUCAACGGAUGUUAAAGCAGUUAGUGAAAAUUCAAGAAAACGCGGUAGAAAGCCUCCUGAUAAUAAUUCCCUCGAAAACAGUGGAGCCUCACCUUCAAAGAAGAAAAAAACUGCUUCUGAAAAUAAAAAAGUCCUCAGGGAAAUUGUUUCCAACAGGAUAAAAGAAAAACAGAAGAAAAAAGCCAAUUUGAGUUCUGAUGAUAUCGCUGAAGCAUUGGCAUUAAGUUCUGAUGAAGAUGAAAAAAUUGAGAGCGUAAAGGAGAAAAAAGAAUUUGUUCAUCCAGAUUAUUUUGUCGGCACUUUACAUGACUAUCAAAAAGAUGGUCUUGAAUGGCUAAAAGUUCUUAAUAAAAAUGGUCUAAAUGGAAUUUUAGCUGACGAAAUGGGUUUGGGAAAGACAAUUCAAGUAAUUGCACUAAUUUGCCAUCUUAUUGAAAUUAAUCAACCGGGUCCAUAUCUUAUUGUUGCUCCUCUUUCAACAUUACCAAAUUGGAUAUUGGAAUUUGAAAGAUUUGCUCCCGAAUUACCAGUUGUUUUGUAUCAUGGUCCAGAAGAAGAUAGACUUAUGAUGCACAAGGAUAUUAAAAAAAUACACAAAGUAGGUUCAUGUAAAACACAACCUGUUGUAAUUACAUCAUUCGAUAUUCCCUACAGAGAUAAAAAACCUUUAAACAAAUACAAUUGGAGAUAUAUAAUUGUUGAUGAAGGACACAGAAUUAAAAAUCACCAAUGUCUUCUCGUUCAAUCACUAAAAUUUCUCACAUCGCUAAAUCGUCUCCUACUCACGGGUACACCAUUACAAAAUAAUUUAGCCGAAUUAUGGUCACUGUUAAAUUUCCUCUUACCGGAUAUAUUUAAUGAUUUGCAAGUUUUUGAAUCGUGGUUUGACGCUAAAGAAUUGGAGACUGAAGGUGGCGCGGCAAAAUUAUUGAAACAAGAGGAGGAAAAAAAUGUGAUAGCAUCGCUUCGUGAAAUAUUAAAACCAUUUAUGUUGCGUCGAGUCAAAGCUGAAGUGAAUUUACAAAUUCCACCGAAAAAGGAAAUAAUUGUUUACGCGCCAAUUAGUCAAUUACAACGUGAUCUUUAUAAGGCCGUUUUAAACCGUGAUAUUCAAAAAAUUAUUGACACAUCAAAAGAUAAAAUUCAAAUAAAUCCCGAUGGUUCACGGCCAAAGCGACGUUGUGCUUUUACAAGAAGUUACAAUGAAAAUAGUUUAUUUGAUCAAUCGAAAACAAAUGAAUUAAUAGUGAGCAACGUACCUGAUAAUAAUGCAGUCAGUAAUGUUGGAAGUAAUUAUGUAUUCAAUCAAAAAGUUUUGAGCGAAUGGAAUGACUAUACAACAAUAACUGAUGAUAAUGCUGAAUAUUUAGUUCGAAUGAAAUUUGGAAAUAGAGCUAUGUUAUAUAAACAAAUUGUUAAUCAUCCAUACAUGGUGUAUUGUCCACUUGAUAUUAUGUCAAAAAUGAAAGCUGAUGAUCGUAUUAUCAAGGCAUCGGGAAAACUUCUUCUUCUUGAUAAAUUAUUAGAAAAACUCUAUGCCAAAGGACAUAAGGUUCUUCUUUUUUCAACUAUGACAACAAUUUUAGAUACAAUUGAAGAUUAUUUGACAAUGCGAGAAAAUUAUGAAUAUGUCCGUCUCGAUGGUAGAGUUAGUUCUCUUGAAGAGAGGGCUCAAUCGAUCAAACUUUUUAAUAAUGAUCCAAAAGUAUUUUUAUUUCUACUUAGUACAAGGGCUGGUGGUAUUGGUCUUAAUUUGACAGCGGCCGAUACUGUUAUUAUUUACGACAGCGAUUGGAAUCCACAAGCAGAUAUACAAGCAAUGUCCCGUUGUCAUCGAAUUGGCCAAACUAAACCUGUUGUUAUCUAUAAACUUUGUACAAAAGGAACAAUAGACGAACAAAUUAUGAGACGUGCAGAGUCAAAACGCAAAUUGGAGAGAAUGGUCAUUUCUGAAGAUUUUUCACUAAAAUUAAACGAUAAAGAAACAUUGAUGAAAUUAAAGAAACUUUUGGAAUCAACUGAAAAUGAUAUGGUCACAGAAAAUGUGAUCAAUGAUGAAGAAUUAAAUAAAAUAUUAGACAGAAGUGACAUGAUGCAAAAUUGCUAAAUAUCAAUGGGAAUUAUAAUAAAAUUGAAGACCCAAAAUUUAUUCUUCAAAUUACGUUUAUUUUCAUUUAAAUUUUAAAGAGACUGAAUAAGUUAAUAGGAAAAUAUGAAAUAUUGAAAAAAAUAUUUUCUAUUUAAAUGUAAAAUCCUAAGUUAUUAUUAUACAUGUAUCCUAUUUAAAAAUUCUUAGUUUAUAAAUCUAAAUGUACCUGUUGUAAACAUUAUUUUUUCAUAAAAAUGAGAUAAUUCUGAUUUGAGUUUUUUUUUUCUUUCAAAUGAAUUGUAUAAGAAAAAAAUUGGUAAUAAAAUAUUUUUCCGCAUAAAAA